UGAAGUUACUAGUUAUGUAGUAUACACGGCCACAUUGAGAGUCAGUAUCAAGUUACAAACUUGGUUCUUCGUGGAGCAAUCUCAUUGCUGAUUAGGCGGAGCAAAUCUGCCGACUUUGACUCCAGAACCCAUGAGACGCUGCAUUUCUUAGAUGCAAUAUAUAAACAUGGACUGGUUGCAUGGUAGUCAUCUCUGUGAAAGAAAAGGCCUCACGGGUGCAAGGCCUCAUUUCACUCUUGAGCAGAUACCGCGGUAAAAGUCUAUCAAGUGCUCUUCUGGAUUCAAGCACUAGCUUCCAUAAUCUGCAAUUCCGAAGCGAAAGAAAACCAUGGAAUCCUCAUCGAGAGAAAAGAAGCCCGCCCAGUCCCGCGAAGAUGAAGAGUCGGGCGUCGAAAACUUACAAGGUCAAACGGAGAUCAACCAGCAGCCAGACAACCCUCACCAGACGCUCAGGCGAGAGUUCAAGCCUCGUCAGGUCAACAUGCUGGCCAUCGCCGGCGCCAUAGGCACGGGCUUGAUCAUAGGGACUGGCACAGGCCUGUCGCGAGGCGGCCCGGCCAGCCUCCUAAUCGCCUUCAUAAUCACCGGUUCUCUCAUCUACUUUGUCAUGACCGCCCUCGGCGAGAUGGCCGCCUUCCUACCCAACGACCAAGGGUUCAAUGGAUAUGCCAGUCGCUAUGUCGAUCCUGCUCUCGGUUUUGCCAUGGGAUGGAACUACUUCUUCACGUAUGCCAUCGUCUUGCCCAACAAUCUGACUGCAGCCGGUCUCAUUAUCCAAUAUUGGCGGCCGGAUCUCAACGUUGCAAUUUGGGUGACGGUGUUUGCUGUUCUGGUGAUAAGUAUCAAUGUACUUCACGUUGGCAGCUUCGGUGAGGCGGAAUUCGUUCUUUCAACCAUCAAGAUCAUAACUCUCGUCACCGUCAUGAUCACCUGCUUGGUUGUAUCCCUUGGCGGCGCUCCCGCCCACGGCCGAGUCGGCUUUCAAUAUUGGACAGACCCGGGUGCGUUUGCCGAAUACUUGCAACCCGGAACCCUCGGCCGUUUCCUGGGUUUCUGGGCCUGCAUGGUCCAAGCAUGCUUCUCGUACACGGGCACCGAAGUCGUGGGCUCCGCGUUUGGCGAGACGCCGAACCCGAGGGUCACCAUCCCCAGGGCCAUCAGGCAGACCCUCUGGCGCAUCUGCUUCUUCUACAUCAUCGGCGUCUUGACCCUCAGCAUGGCGGUCCCCUACAACAACGAAAGACUGGUCGGGGCCACCAAGGCCCGGGUCAGCGCCGCCGCGUCCCCCUACGUCAUCGCCAUGGCCAUCGGCGGCAUCAAGGUCCUGCCAGACAUUGUCAACGCGUGCCUGCUCGUCUUUGUCAUCUCGUCGGCCAACACCGACAUAUACGUCGGAGCCCGCACGCUCUACUCGCUGGCAAAGGACGGCCACGCCCCGGCCAUUUUUCUCUACACCACGGAGAAGGGGGUGCCCAUGUACGGCGUCGCUGCGACGUCCGUCUUUGUGCUCCUGGGCUACAUGAACGUCAGCAAGUCCGCGUCGAGCGUAUUUGGCUAUCUGGUCAGUCUCGUGACCGUUUUUGGUGCCCUCAACUGGAUCAGCGUCCUCACGUCCUACCUCGGCUUCCGCCGCGGGAUGAAGGCCCAGGGUAUCGAUCGCAACCAGCUGCCGUAUCGUGGACCCCUGCAGCCCUAUGGAGCUUGGUAUGCUUUGGGAUUGACGAUACUAAUCAUUAUCUUUAAUGGUUACAACGCCUUUAUGCCCAAAUUCGACCCGGCCACCUUUGUCACUUGCUACAUUGGCAUUGCCGUCUACCUUAUCAACAUAUUCGGAUGGAAGUUUAUCAAACGCACCAAGCGCGUCAAGGCGAAUGAAAUGGAUCUCGUUACUGGCCGUCGUGAGUUUGAGGUAGUAGAGGAGUUGGAGAGACUUGGCAAGGAAAAGCGCAUGCCCGCACGCGGCACCACUACACCGAAGCUCCGCAUUCUCUAA